AUACGAGGGAAAAACGAGCACAGGAAUGAUUUUCUCUUCUUCGUACUCAUACGGCAAGCUUAAUCUACUUGCUCGAAAACACUGAGUUGUGUUGCUUUCGUCUGCUAAAACCGUUACUAUCUAUUCGUUACUAGGCACUGUCGUAUAUGACAUCAUCACCAUCAACAAUGGCACGCAACACCAACAGACUCGAACAAGCAUCUGCGACAGCGACCGGAGCAAACGCAGAAGCAGUAACACACGGGCGUUACUCUAAGCGACUGAUCGCCUCGUAUAUCAUUGACUGGGUACUCAUCAUUGGUAUCGCACUCAUUGGCUUUGGUUUCUCCCGCGUCUCGCCAAGCCAAAGGCCAUUCUCGCUCAUCGAUCCGAGCAUCUCUUUCCCCCAUCGAGACCAUGAUACCGUGUCGGUCGCCGUGGUGGCGGUGGUGGCCUUGAUCGUACCGGCCGUGCUCAUCGUCCUCGGGGCAUUGGUACUCAUCCGGGGCCCGACGGCGAUGGCAGCCAGCCAGGAGGAUACAACGUCGACAAGAACCGCAGCGCGCGCACGGCGAUGGCGGUAUAAGCUGUGGGAGUGGAAUGCUGGAUGGCUGGGUCUGGGUAUAGCACUCGCGGGGGCCUUGAUGGCCACCGAGGGACUAAAGGAUCUAUUCGGGAAGCCGCGACCGGAUAUGCUUGCGCGAUGCGAUCCGGAUCUCUCCAAGGUCAAUUCCUUUGCUGUGAGCGGCCUGGGAUCGAGACUCGAUGGGGCUCCUACAAUGGUGACGUGGGAGAUAUGUCGGAAUCAAGCACGGGAGUUGACGCAUGAUGGCUUUUCUAGCUUUCCCAGUGGACAUUCUUCGUUCGCGUUCGCCGGAUUGACAUAUAUCUCGCUAUGGCUUUGUUCUAAAUUGUCCAUCGGGUUCCCAUAUCUCGCUCCCUCGCCGCUUAGCCAAGAUCUGCAGAGACAGGAUCGGGGCGCCAUCCGGAAGCAAGGUGCAGCCCCGCCGGUUUACCUGCUCAUUGUUGUCUUCGUGCCCAUUGCAGUGGCGUUCUUCAUAGCUGCCUCGCGGUGGUUUGACUACCGCCAUCAUGGAUUCGAUAUCAUUUUUGGGUCGGUCAUGGGGAUAGUCUUCGCUUGGACAGGCUUUCGGCUCUACCAUCUUCCCGUGAUGCGCGGAGCAGGCUGGUCGUGGGGAGCCAGGGACAGAAGCCAUGCUUUCUUCCGGAGCGUCGGGUUUCCGAGUCAUGUCUGCGCAGACAAUUGGGCAACGGCGAAUUAUACACACACGAGAGUGAAGAACAGAGACCGAGGCCAGGAUAUUGACCUUGAGAGUGGCCGUAAGGCAGCAAGGGACUGAUAUCCCCACGUCCGGGCCGAACAGCUGCGAGCAUUUCAGUAAAGUGUAGAUUGUGACGAUUCAGGGGUGAUUGGCAAGGCUGCUGUAGGAUAUCGUGCUGUUGCUGUUUUUCUGGUGCCCUUUCUCCUUCGGGAUACGCUUA